AUGUCUUCCGGCAGGUACAUGGCGUACUCACCCUCGCCCUCCGCUCCUCACUCUCCUCACCUCGGCGGCCUUCUCUCCGCCUCCACCGCCAUCGUUGAGCAAGAAAAAUUAGUCCUAGUAUUUGGAAGUGACACUGACUGCUUCAAAAUCAUGCAAUCAGUGACGGUAGCAUUAGAUUUGUACCAUCAAUAUAGUGAAGCCGUUCGUCAUCUGCAUGAGAUGUAA